AUGACGCGUUUUACUUGGAUUUGCUUAUGUACGAAACUGAUGAUGAGAAAGCUACAGGAACUAAGGGAAGAUAUUAAGAAAAUGCUAAAGGCUGACGUUGACAAGCCCGCAGAGAAACUUGACUUGGUUGACACAAUUCAGCGUUUAGGGGUGUCUUGCCAUUUUCAAACUUACAUCGAUCAAAUCUUAGAGAAAGUCUACAAGGCUGACGAAGACAGUGACAUUUUCAACAAGUUCAAGGACAACAAUGGUGACUUCAAGGCAUCUCUUGCGGAGGACAUUGGAGGAAUCUUAAGCUUUUAUGAAGCCACACAUUUCAGGGUGCACGGAGAAACUAUACUAGAUGAAGCGUUUGUUUUCACUACCACUCUUCAUAAGUCCAUGGCAACCCAACUCAGUUCUCCACUUGCAGCGCUAGCUCACUUUAAGCAUGCCUUAUAUCAACCCCUUCGCAAGGGCUUACCAAGGCUGGAGGCAAAUCAAUACAUGACAAUCUAUCAAGAAGACUCUUUGCACAAUGAAGUUCUGUUAACUUUUGCAAAAUUAGAUUUUAACAUAUUACAAAAAGUUCACCAGAAGGAACUCAGUGAUAUCACAAGGUGGUGGAAAACUUUAGAUGUUGAGAAUAAGCUACCUUUUGCAAGAGACAGACUGGUAGAGUUAUACUUUUGGAUAAUGGGAGUGUAUUUUGAGCCUGAUUAUGGGUAUGCUAGGAGGAUUCUGUCCAAAGUGAAUGCCAUGUGUUCCAUCCUUGAUGACAUCUAUGAUGUACACGGUACAAUUGAAGAACUUGAGCUUUUCACUACAGAAACUGAGAAUGUCAGUGCUAUGCAUCAACUGCCAGAGUAUAUGAAAAUUACUUAUGGGGCUCUCCUUGACGUUUACGGAGAAAUUGAGAAAGAUAUGGCCUUCAAAGGAAAACUAUACCGCCUUGAUUACGCAAAAGAUGUGAUUAAGAUUUUAGUAAUAGAUUACUUCAACGAAGCUAAAUGGUGUGACAAAAAAUAUGUACCAACAAUUGAAGAGUAUUUGUCUGUUGCAUUACUUACCAGUUGUCACCUAACGUUAGCUGCCACAUCAUUUGUGGGGAUGGGAGAUGUAGUAACCCAAGAAUCAUUUGAAUGGGUACUCAGCAACCCCAAAAUCGUUAAGGCCUCCGCAAUAAUUGGCAGACUCAUGAAUGACAUUGCAGGUCACAAGGAUGAGCAAAAGAGAGCGCAUGUUGCUUCAGCAGUUGAAUGCUACUUGAAUCAGCAUAAUGUUUCUGAAGAAGAGGCAGUUAAAUUACUUCGCGAACUAGUUGAGGAUGCUUGGAAAGAUAUCAUUGAGGAAUUUAUUAAACCAGCUGCUGUUCCAAUGCCUCUGCUUGAACGGGUUCUUAAUCUUACACGCGUUAUUGAUCUCCUAUACAAAGAAGAUGAUUGCUACACCAAUUCUCAUUUGAUGAAGCGCCUUGUGGCCCCAUUGCUCACGGAUCCUGUACUGCUGUGAAGAUUAUUCCAGGGACUGAAUAAUAUUCCAUUUAGUACAUUCCAAUUUGCACAUGGAAUAAC